GGAAGUGCCGCGUACGACCGUCUGUUGUCCUCCGGGUCCACCGCGGGUCCAGUGUCUCCGUGUCCAGUGUCCAGUGUCCCCCGGGGCCCCUGCAGAGCCAUGGGCAGAGGCCCCUGUGCGGGACCAUGCUGAUCACGCUGUCCUACGUGUAUCUGUGGGUGCGUUUCCACCGGGGCUACGCGGGGCUCCUGCGGGACACUCUGCACCGGCUCCAGCGCACCGGACACCGGGCCUUCAGCUUCUGCCGGAGCCCCAGCGCUCUGCCCCCGGAGGAGCCGCAGGAGGAGCCGCAGGAGGAGCCGCAGGAGGAGCCAGGAGUGUUCCUCCAGCUCGGGGAUAAGGCGGUGUACGUGACCGAGCCGCAGAUCUGCAGUGACCUGAGCAGGUGGACUGUGGUGCGUUCUUCCUCAGCUCCGCUUAGGGACCACAUCUCCUUCAUCAUCGAGGCCACGCCGCAGCCCACGACGCCGCGGCCCACGACGCCGCGGCCCACGACGCCGCGGCCCACGACGCCACGCCACAAGGUGCUGGGCUGGUCCGAGCUGUGCGUCCCUUUGGCCCGGUGCCCUUUGACCCCGGGUCGACCGUUCCGGGCUCUGGCUCAGGCGUCGCUGGAGGACUUCAGCCGUCUGGGCGUGGCCUUCAUCGAGGACCGACUUCACCUGGACGAGAACCUGUGUCCCUCCAGGAUCAUCCCUGUUCUUCUGGAGGAGUCUGCGGUCCGAGCGCUGUUGGAGAAGCCCCCCGCCCUCCCCUCGCUCCUGCACCUGUCUGUGGACGAAGGCCCUGUCGUCUAUCGCAAGGGCAGCCUGCACCUGCCGCCGGAGCACCCGGCUUCCAAGCGUCCGCCACGCCUGGACGAGCGCCGCGCGUCCGAGCCCCUCCACGUCGCCCCCGACCCGGGUCUCCUGUGCGACCCCGGCAGCCAGCAGCACAUGGAGGAGCACGGGCACCACCUGCACCUGUCCAGCUGCCACGAGUGUCUGGAGCUGGAGAACAGCACCAUCCUGUCGGUGAAGUACGCGUCCGUGGAGAACCUCCCGGAGCUUCCAGACGACGGCGCCGCGCUCAACGGAGCCGAGGACAAUCUAGAGGAUGACUUCUCCAACGCCGGCGUCGACAUCGGCUCCAAACCGCCCAACAUCCUGGUCUACACCGGAACGAGCCAAGAACGUUUUCAGAUCAUUCAAAAAGUUUUAUCAAAGUGCAUCAAUAUGAACAAGUACAUGAUUUACCAGCUGACGCCCGCGCAGGCCCUGGGCGACCCCUGGCUGGACAACUGUCGACUGCUGGUGGUCGCGGAGGAGGAGGAGGCGCUCUCUGCUCAUCUCCAAACCCGCUUCCUGACCUACCUGAGCGGGGGGGGCAGGGUGCUGGGGCUGGCCUCACGUCUGUGCCCCGCCGGCGUCUCCCUGGGGCGUCUGGAGGGCGAGGGGAGGGUGGACACUCUGAGCUUCACCCGCGAGGACAGCAGCACCGUGCAGCUCCGCGUGCACGCCAGCGGGCACGCGUUCACCCGGGACGCACGGGGAGGGGGCGAGGUGGAGCUGUGGGGGGAGCUGAGCGGGGGGCACAUGGUCAUCGUCAGAGUCACGCACGGAGACGACGGGGGCGAGGCCGUGCUCUGUCAGGUUCACCUGGAGGAGCCUGCAGGUCUGGAGCAGGUCACAGAUGGAGAGGAGCUUCAUCUGAAGCAGGUCACAGAUGGAGAGGAGCUUCGUCUGGAGCAGGUCACAGAUGGAGAGGAGCUUCGUCUGGAGCAGGUCACAGAUGGAGAGGAGCUUCGUCUGGAGCAGGUCACAGAUGGAGAGGAGCUUCGUCUGGAGGUCCUGGAGGAGAUCCUGAGGUCUCUGGGCGUGAGCUGUGAGCCCGGCGUGGCCCCCUCCCCCACCCCCGUGCACCUGCUGUCCACGUCCACGGAAGCCAGGAGUCAGUUUGUGCAGUGUUUGAGGAGUCGUGCAGGUGACGGGGGCCUUCUGCGUCUCCCUAAAGUCUCCCUCAGAUUGGUGUCUUGCUCAGAGGCAGAGGCGGACUCGAGCCCUUUGGAGGGCCCGGUGCCGCUGGUGUGGGACAGCCCCGGGGCCCCGUGCCCAGAGCACUUCAGUCUGCAGACGUACGAGUCCCACCUGAGGAGCAGGAGCCUGGGCAGAACUCUGCUGUACGCCGAGGUGGUGUCCUCCACCAUGGACCUGCUGGACGGGUUGAACCUGUUGGUCUCUGGAGACGUGGGUCUGGUGGCAGUGGCAGCUCGACAGAGCCAGGGCAGAGGCCGCAGCAGGAACGGUUGGCUGAGUCCUGUGGGCUGUGCCAUGUUCACCGUCUGCCUGCAGGUGGAGCUGUCGUCUCGCCUGGGCCAGAAGAUUCCGUUCCUGCAGCACCUGGCGGCCCUGGCGGUGGUGCAGGCGGUGCGCACGCUUCCGGGUUAUGAGGAUCUGGAUCUGAGGGUGAAGUGGCCCAACGACAUUUAUCACGGUGACGGUCUGAAGUUGGGCGGAGUCCUGGUCACCUCCACUGUCCUGGGCUCCACCUUCCACCUGCUCGUAGGAUGUGGCUUCAACGUGAGCAACAGCAGCCCCACCGUCUGCAUCAACGACCUGAUCCAGAAGCACAACCAGGAGCACGGAGGCGGCCUGCAGCCCCUGACCUGCGCUCAGCUCAUCGCACGCUCCCUCAGCCUCCUGGAGGACCUCAUCAGCCUCUUCCAGAGAGAAGGUCCAGACGCCGUCCUGCCUACGUACUACAGCCGCUGGCUCCAUAGUGGGACGGUCGUGCGUCUGUGGAGCGAGGACGGACCUGAGGCGAACGUCGUGGGUCUGGACCAAAAUGGCUUCCUCCAGGUGCACUGCCCCGAGCGCGGUCUGCUCUCGCUCGAGCCCGACGGAAACUCCUUUGACAUGCUCAAAAACCUGCUGGUCCAGAAGCACCACUGACCACGCCCCCCCAGAGACUGACCACGCCCCCCCCGAGACUGCCCACGCCCCCAGAGACUGACCACGCCCCCCAGAGACUGACCACGCCCCCAGAGACUGACCACACACCCCAGAGACUCGGGAGAGGCGAGAGGCCACGCCCACUGGACUCUGUAUUCCAGGUGUUUUGCUCAGCGGCAGGACCCGACCGUCUGUAUGAUUCAUAGUUUAUUUUUCUAUCUGAUCAGAACUCAAAGGAAAUGACAGAUUUGUAUUUAAAGCUGCACUAUGAAUCUUUUCUGGAGGAGGGAUCGGCGACUCUCUCGUCCUGUGUUGUGGAAAUGAUCUGUGAAAUAACACAAAACAUACACGAAAUCUGUUGGUUUAUUCUGUUUGUCUGUAGUGGGACGGUGUGUUUCUGUUGCAGUUUCUGUUGCAGUGAGCUCGAAGCAAUGGGGAAACAACACUUAACAAAUUGUCUGAGGUUAGAAACUGUCUGAGGUUAGGGCUAAUCUUAACCCCUCUCCAGGUACAGUUUACAUUUAGGUCAGUUUGUCUGUUUGGCCUUCAGAGCUCAGGGACAUUCGUGUUUGAGUACAGGUCAGGAUGAUCAAACAAAGGCACCUGUAGCCUUCCUGUGAGACUAAAGGGUUAGACAAAGAAAAGUGUGGCCUUCAACACUUAUUAGAGUGAAAUAAAGACAAAGAAGUGGUGAAACAACGCACAAUACUAAAGUUUUCCACCACAACCACUGGAGAUGUUACUGCUUUUCCUGGAAUGUUCAACAGUCCAAAUCCUCCAGCUGAAGUAGUCCUGACCAAGACUAGACUUAAGGUCUGGAGGUGGGAGCAGUGGGCACUGGGGUCUCCACAUUUAAGACCAUAAAGUCUUUAAACCAGUCUGACAUUAAACCUCUCGGUCUUCAAGUAGGUGGGUUAGGACCUGCACCAAGAUGGCGUGACUAAUCUUGGUGGAGAUCUGUGGGUGUGGUCCUCUGGGUGGAGGUCUGUGAGUGUGGUCCUCUGGGUGGAGGUCUGUGAGUGUGGUCCUCUGGGUGGAGGUCUGUGGGUGUGGUCCUCUGGGUGGAGGUCUGUGGGUGUGGUCCUCUGGGUGGAGGUCUGUGGGUGUGGUCCUCUGGGUGGAGGUCUGCAGAAGUGACUGUUGUAUUUUACAGUCAUUGAACAUUUCCUUUUUAUAAACAGAGUGUAUAACAAAUAUGAAAUAUUAAUAUGUUAAAAUGAUGUAUAUUUGUUCAUAUGAGAGUUAUUGAUUGAUUUUCAUCAUAUUGUUUAUUUGUCAGUAAAAUAAUUUGGAACAUGUCUGAAGGGCUUUGUAAGAGCUGAGGUGGAAAUAAAGAAACAGAAAAUAUG